AAAUGGCGAAUGUGUAUGAGGAGCACGAAGAGGAGGACGAAGAUCAUGAGCUUGGAGUUCAUCUUGUCAGUUUCAGAUGGGAGGAGUUGGGACCCUUUGUUUUGAUCUUUACCUUCGUAGUACUCUCAGGACUAGCGAAGAUCAUUUUCCAUCAUUUUCAUGUUCUCUCCUCCAGAGUACCAGAGUCAUGUUUGUUAGUCCUGGUCGGGGUCGGAUUUGGGGCUCUCAUAGAAUUCGGAGGGUUAACAAUGCUGCCUCCCUUCACAACAGAAUUCUUCUUCCAUUUCCUUCUACCUCCGAUCAUCCUGGAGGCAGCCUACUCUCUUCAUCAUAAAGCAUUCUUAGAUAACAUCCGAACUAUUCUACUUUUUGCUAUUGUGGGAACACUUUUUAACUUCUUGUUGAUUGGAGGAUUACUUGUUGGGACAAAUCAACUAGGGUUGAUGGAGAGCUCUGGAACUAUUAGAAUCAGUGUAAAUGAGACUAGUUAUCAUAAUAUGACGUCAGUUGAAAUAUUUACAUUUGCUAGUUUAAUAUCAGCGGUUGAUCCAGUAGCAGUCCUGGCCAUAUUUGCGGAGGUUGGAGUCAACUCGGAACUUUACUACAUUGUGUUUGGAGAGUCUUUGCUAAAUGAUGGCGUAGCAGUAGUAUUCUACAGUAUGAUGAACUCAUUUGCAGAGUUAGAUGCCGCUGGACUACCAAUCACUUUAGAACAAUGUUUGCUUGGCUGUGCUUCAUUUAUAACUAUUGCUUUUGGCGGCCUUGCUAUUGGAAUUUUAAUUGGUCUCCUAACAGGUCUUGUUACCAGAACUACAUCGGAAGUCAGUGUUAUUGAACCUCUGAUUGUCAUCGGAAUGGCUUUCACAGCAUAUUAUUUAGCAGAGAUGUUUCAUUGGUCUGGAAUUAUCAGUCUAAUAGGAUGCGGUAUCGUACAAGCUCAUUACAGUUUUAAGAAUAUCCAAGGGAACUCCCACAUCACGAUAGAAUACUUCAGUAAGAUGCUUAGCUCUACCAUGGAUUCAGUAAUAUUCUUAUACCUUGGAAAAGCUCUAUGGGGUCGAGAGGAGAGCUGGAGUUGGAAUAUACAUACCGGAUUUCUUUGCUGGACGCUAGUCUUUUGUCUUGUUGUUAGGUUCAUCGGAGUGUACUUUUUCACAUUCUUCCUCAACCGUUUCCGAAUCAAGCCAAUAAACUUGCAGGAGCAGUUUAUAAUGGCAUAUGGUGGGCUUCGGGGGGCUGUGGGGUUUUCAUUGGUAAUUAGUAUACAGAGAAACAUAGUUCCGUCUGCAGAUAUGCUUGUCAGCACAACUCUAAUAGUAGUGAUGUUUACAAUCUGGCUUCAGGGGGGAACAAUUAAACCUUUGGUUAAUAUACUUAACAUUGACAAGGAGGCCAAGGAACACAAGUCUCUGAUGGAAGAACUCAAUGAUUCAAUGAUGGAGCAGAUGAUUACCGGGAUCAAUCAAGUCACUGGUCGACAUGGGUAUAUUUAUUUUCAAACCAAGUUCUUUAAGUUUGAUGAGGAGGUGAUGAUGAAAAUAUUUUGUAACCCUGAUCAAGAUCAUGACAUGAAGAAACUUUUUGAGGAGAUUGUUCUUGCUGACCAUCUUGAAAAUGUUUAUGAUCCAAAGAAAACUAUUGAAAAAACUUUAGAGUUUAUUAACCAGGGCUAUGAAGCUUCUGAGCCUACCACUGUACUAGACGUAGUUGUUGAAAAAGGCACUUCAAAUAAUUUUCUUCAACCCAUUGGAAGGAAAGACAGCAUACGGUCUGGCAUUUCAUCUGUUUCAAGACUUUCCCAAAUGAGGCCUCAAUGGGGGGCCUCAACAUAUGGGCAUGCAGUGCUAAGACCUGGAGGUGGACAGGAGGAGAAGGAUGCUAAGAAAUUACUUCGGAAAGGUCUUCUUAAUCAGCAUAGCAAUCUGUUUGAUCAGCAGGAUAUAGAUGAGAGGAAUAGGUUGAGUGUAAGAAAUUUUCCUCGAAGGAGAAGUAGCACUGUCUCAGGAGUUUCUGGAUUUCAGAACCAGCUCAGAGGAAGGGAGAGAACAAUAUCUACAAAUAGUAAUUUUUCAAGAACCUCACUAAAAACUUUUGAAUAAAAACCACAUUAUUCAGGCGUCGUCAUAUAUAUCAAUACAAUUAAGACGAUUUCAAUUUUGAUUUUUAUGAAGCUUUAAAACAGCAUGGAUACACAUCACACAUGGAUACACAUAACACAUGGAUACACAUCACACAUGGAUACACAUAACACA